CUAUGUGUGUGUAUGAGAUCACGUAUCUUUGUGGUGGAAAGUAAAUCAGCUGUCUUCAGCUCUCGUGUUAUAUCUCAAUCGUCACUACGAAUAUUUGAUAAAUAUAAGAAAUUCAAAGUACUUGGAGUUAAUUUCAAGCUACAAAACUCUUGAAAUACAAACACUUGAUACAAAUAUUCCAGAAUGCAAGAUCCAAAUGAAGAUACUGAAUGGAACGAUAUCCUCAGAAGAAAAGGUAUUAUACCUGAGAAGGAGAAAGAAGUUACCGAGGAUCAAAUAGUAAAUCUCUUGGAGAAUACUAUAGAUAAAAAAACAGGAUGUGCCCCUGACAACUUGGAGGACAAGUCUUUAGAUGAAUUAGAUGAACUAGAGGAUGAAGAAGAUGAAAGGGUACUCGAAGCAUAUCGACAAAAGAGAAUAGCGGAGUUGAAAGAGCUAGCUAAUAAAUCAAAAUAUGGAGAAGUACGAGAAAUAUCAGCGGAGGAUUAUGUUCAAGAAGUUAACAAUGCUGGGGAGGACAUCUGGGUUAUUUUACAUCUCUACAAAUCUGGUAUUCCACUUUGUACUCUAAUCAAUCAGUAUCUCACCAAUCUUGCAAAAAAGUUUCCUACUACAAAGUUUUUAAAGAGCAUCUCCACCACUUGUAUCUAUAACUGGCUAGAUAGUAAUCUUCCUACAAUAUUCAUCUAUCAUAAUGGAAGCAUAGUCAAACAAAUUAUUGGACCACUUGAACUCCGUGGCAUGAAAUUGACAGAAGCAGAAUUAGAGUGGAUGUUGGGACAAUCAGAAGCGGUGCCAACAAAGAUCAAAGAAGAUCCCCGACCCAAAGUGAUGGAUGUCUUAUUUUCAAGCCUAAAAAAUGAUAAUGAAGACCUUUAUGAUGACAACGAUUGGUGAUCUUUUGUCUAUAUUAGGUAAUUACAGAAUACUGUAAUGUAACAAAUAUUACAAGAUCAGAGUGUGAGGGAAGAAAAUAUUUCACACUUUAUUUAUUUUAUAUACUCAUUGUUUUUUUUGCACAAGCGAAAGUCAAUCCAUUUACAGAUGUAUUGCUUUCCGAAUUUAUACACCUUCGUUUAAUCCAAUAAAAUACUUUAUUACC